AUGCAGAGUGACCCAACGAGCUCAGUCCCACCGGAUCAAGACGCCGACGCCGAUGACCGCGAAUCCAUCCAUCUCCUGCAGCCCGAUGAUGGUGAUGGGAAAAUCACGAGCAUUGAAAUCGAGGCGGUCGAUUCGACCGAAAAGCUCUCGCCGCCGUUCUCCUGGAGGAAGCUAUAGGAGUUCGCCGGCCCAGGGUUACUGAUGAGCGUGGCGUUUCUGGAUCCGGGGAAUCUGGAGGGCGACGUCCAAGCCGGCGCGAUUGCGGGCUACUCUCUCCUCUGGCUCCUCAUGUGGUCCACAGUCACGGGCCUGCAGAUCCAGCUCUUGUCCCUCCGCCUAGGCGUUGCCACCGGCCGCCACUUGGCUGAACUCUGCCGGGAAGAGUACCCCCAAUGGGCCUCCGUUGCGCUCUGGUUCAUGGCGGAGGUGGCCUUAAUUGGGGCGGAUAUACAAGAAGUGAUCGGUAGCUCUAUUGCCAUCAAUAUUCUCACUAAUGGCUCUGUUCCUCUAUGGGGUGGAGUCCUAAUCACUGCUUUUGAUUGUUUUAUAUUCUUGUUUCUUGAAAACUAUGGAGUUAGGAAGCUCGAAGCUUUUUUUGCAGUUUUGAUCGCAACGAUGGCAUUAUCCUUUGCGUGGAUGUUCCUAGACACAAAGCCAAGUGGGGAGGAACUGAUGUUAGGUCUCUUUAUCCCAAGGCUUAGCCCAAACACAAUUCAGAAGGCGGUUGGGGUUGUUGGGUGUGUGAUAACACCUCACAACGUGUUCCUAUAUUCUGCGUUGGUGCAGUCAAGGAGAAUCGACCCAAAGAAGAUUGGGAAGGUGCAAGAGGCCAUCAACUAUUACACCAUUGAAUCAUCCACAGCUGUUCUUGUGUCAUUCACACUCAACUUGGCUGUGACCACCAUUUUUGCCAAGGGAUUCUAUGGAACUUCUCAAGCAGAGAGUAUAGGGCUCCUGAAUGCAGGGCAGUACCUUCAAGAGAGAUAUGGUGGUGGGUCGUUCCCGAUUUUGUACAUAUGGGGAGUCGGUCUUCUGGCGGCUGGCCAGAGUAGCACCAUGACUGGUCUCAAGAUUCAUUGGAUUCUCUAAAUGAAUGGCUUAAUGUGGUUCAAGGCAUGCAAAUCCCAUUCGCGAUCAUACCUCUUUUGACGUUGGUUUCAGAUGAGCGUACCAUGGGAGUAUUCAAAAUCGGAAUGACCAUAAAGAGGAUUGUUUGGAGCAUUGCAGCCAUGGUAAUCGCGAUUAAUGGAUAUGUUAUGCUCAACUUCUUCUUUUCUCAUGUUCAUGGCCUUUUUCUUGGUUCUGCGGCGUGUAUGGUAGCUCUGGGAUAUGCGGCCUUCAUCUCAUAUCUCGUAUCGCACCAUGCUGCCCGUCCCAACAAGCUGACUUCAAGUGGAUUCUCACACUUACAAGGCUAGAAGUUGAGCCAACAAUCUCCCAACUUAGUUUGGGAAGAAUUGACCCUAGCAGAGAUGUUAAAU